AUGAGGAGGAAGAUGUGUUGGCUGCUGACAGCAGUCCUGGUUGCCCACCUUGGAAGCACUCUGACAGGAGCGUGGAGAGCAGCGCAGCCAAGGCUACAGUUUACAUACUCUGAGCUCAUUCAGAACGGCCGGCUGCUAACACUGCCACUGGAUGCAGGAGACCUCCAGUCCCUGCUGCCGGAUGAAGACAGGAGGCGUCUGUAUGUGGCCAUGAAAGAUAAUCUUCUCUCCACAAGUCUGGAUGACAUAACACAGAACCCACGGAAGCUUUACUGGCCAGCCAGUCCGGACCGUGUCCAAGAAUGCCUAAUGGCUGGAAAAGAUUCAGAGCUGGAGUGUGCAAACUUCCUGCGAGUUCUGCAGCCUUUUAAUCAGACUCACCUGUAUGUUUGUGGAACCGGGGCCUUUAAUCCCCGCUGUGCUUUCAUUGCCACCAGCAUCUUCCACCAGGCAGAGUACCAAACGCUCUCCUAUGGUCGGACAGAGUGUGGGAAGGGAAAAUGCCCCUACGACCCCUUCCAGAAAACAGCUUCUGCUGUUGUUGAUGGAGAGUUGUACGCUGGGAUUACCUCAGAUUUCAUGAGCAGAGACUCUGCUUUCUUCCGGAGCCUCGGGAGUCGACAUGUCAUCCGUACAGAGCAGUACGAUUCCACCUGGCUGCAGGAUGCCCAGUUUGUGCGGGUAGCGCCACUGUCUGAAACUGAUAACCCAGAGGAUGAUAAAGUUUACGUGUUCUUCACUGAGCGUGCCCAGGAGGCCGAGGGGGCGGCUGGGAAGGUUCUCUACUCCAGAGUGGCACGCGUUUGCAAGAAUGACAUUGGUGGUCAGAGGAGUCUGGUGAAUAAGUGGAGCACCUUCCAGAAGGCCCGUAUGGUGUGCUCAGUUCCAGGACCGGACGGCCUGCAGACACAUUUCGACCAGCUGCAGGACAUCUUUAUUCUACAUGGGAAAGACAAGAAGAAUCCUCUCAUCUAUGGCCUGUUCACAACAUCAAGUGAUAUCCUGAAUGGUUCUGCAGUCUGUGUUUAUCGGAUGGAAGAUGUGGUUCGAGCUUUUAAGGGCAACUUUCUGCAUAAAGAGGGGCCUCAGUACAAAUGGGCUGAGUUUACAGGAAAGGUGCCUUAUCCACGGCCAGGAACUUGUCCCAGCAGCACAUAUGGCAGCUACAGCUCAACCAGAGAGUAUCCUGACGAUGUGAUUUUCUUCAGCAGGACUCAUCCUCUGUUGCAGGAACACGUGCUGCCUCUGGGUGAGCGGCCACUUUUAGUGAGAGUGGGUGUUCACUACAAGUUCAGCAAACUUCUGGUGGACCGGGUGGAAGCUGUGGACGGCACGUAUGAUGUCCUGUUCAUCGGCACAGAUUCUGGACUCGUGCUAAAGGCCAUCCAUCUGCCCAGAGAGCACGGUCACAGUCAGGAGGUCACUCUGGAGCAGUUACAGGUUUUUCAGCAUAAAUCAUCCGUGACGGCGAUGGCAUUGUCAAAGAAAAAGUGGUUGUUUGUGGGCUCAAGGGAGGGUGUGUCCCAGCUGGCCCUGUACCAGUGUGAGCUGUAUGGUCAGGCUUGUGCUGAAUGCUGCCUGGCAAGGGAUCCUUACUGCACCUGGGAUGGACAUGCCUGCAGCCCAUAUAUGCCCACCGUGCGCCGGAGAAAUGCUCGUCAUUUAGGGGAAGAGGAGGACCCUCUGACUCAGUGUGUCCGACAGGGGGCUGUGCUGCAGGUGGAGGCAGAGCAGAGGGUCAUGAUGGUGGCAGAGGGAAACAGCACCUACCUGGAGUGUCUGCCUCGAUCCAGACACGCUGCCGUUACCUGGUAUAAACAAGCAGGAGAGAAUAGUGCCGAAUUAAACCAGGUUUUGACAGGUGACCAGCUGGUGGUGAUAGAGCGGGGGGUCCUGAUCCGGCGAGCUGAGCUCUCCCACGGUGGCGUCUACCACUGUCAGGUGGAGGAGCACGGUUAUCACUGGACCGCAGUCACCGUCCGUCUUGCUGUCUGGAGCCCCUCUGCCAAUCGCGUUCUCGCCUCGUUGUCUGGUUCGUCCUAUCAGAGCGCAGGAACCCAGCCUUGGUACGAGGAUGUGAUGGCCCUGAUUCACCCUGGAAACCUGGGCGAGCACUGCAAGGCCCUGGGAUACCGUCCACCACGCAGCCAGCGUCAUCGUGGGGGCUUUAUGAUUGCCGCCCACAAGGAGAAGGAAAGGGCUGAAAAGCACAAGCAUGGGGGAGGAAGAGGAGGAGGGGGAGGUCGCGUUGUAGGGAGGAAGAGCAGGAGCAAGCCUCAACAGAGGGCUCCAAGGAGCGCUUGAACGCAGAUCUUCAUUGACUGAAACACACACACUUUGUGUAACCUACACAUGCACACACUUAACUUAUGCUUUAGGACCCACACAUACUGUACAUACAGAGACUACGUCAUGCGCAUGCACUUAUCGAAAAUAAAAAAGCAUCCUCUCAUUAUAUCAGUCAAGUCCAAUGC